GUUUCAAAACAAGUUCGGACAAAAACGUAACAUAACAUAAAAUAGGGAUUUCUACCUCUGACAGUCUCCAUUUGGAGUACUAAAUGGGGUCAACGUUAAGACAAGAUGUUGACUUCAAUGCUCUGUUCAAGAAGCUGGGUCACCAUCUGGAUGAGAUUCGUGUUCGAGCCUUGGAGAAUAUUCUUUCCAAGUUAGAGCACAAGCUUAUAUGUGACUCUGAUCUUGUCCAAGAACGCCACUUGUUUAUUCGCCUCCUUGAAUGGUUCAACUACCCGAAAUCUUCCCGGCAUUCAGAUGUCCUCAAUCUACUCUGCAGGCUUUCAGAGCACACAUCUGGUGCAGAAACCUUACAAGACAUUGGUGCUAUUGAGUUUCUUACCAGUCUGCGAAAAGAUGUGACAUCGGCCCUGCAACCAGUUGUUGAUCAGGUGCUUGAGAACUGCAUGCGCCUGCCUGACGUUGAUAUUGGAUUGGACCAUGCUCCAGAGUGUAUCUAUCAGAGACACAACCAUACAGGAAUGACAGCGGGUGCAGAAACCACAGUGGAUACCAUAGCAACCCGUCAUACCCAGGAUUAUUCCCUCGCCCCUAGCACCAAUGCCCCUUCUGAGCAUGGAGCCAGACUACCAGAUUACAGGGAACCACCUUUGGGGUUCUUUGAGGGGUGUCAGGGAGAUCUGGGGCAACAGCCUAUGACUCCAGGGUCCGGGGGUCACCCCACAGCAGCUGAUCUGGGGCUUGAGGGCAGUAGCUGUUUUAGAAUGACCAUAUUUCCAUGGUUAUCACUCACAGCCACAGACAGACAUGUUCUCUCCUCCACCAACAGUUCUCUCCAAAGUCGGGAGGCCUCGAUGCUUGUCAGCACGUGCGAGUUUCUAAGUGACGUUGUCUUCCAAGAUUUUCCUGCUGAAAUUUUCCUGCAGAGGCCUAAUAUUGUCAAGAACCUGCUUUCACUCCUGAGUGGACCAAUCAAAGAAGGGGGUGUGGCGAGGCUUCAGGCUGUAAGGACAUUGGCUGACUAUGUCACAUGUCUGCGUAGUAGAAUACGAUGUCACCAGGAUCCCAACUUUUACACAGCAAAACAAGACUUCAGCACCACACCAACUCCAUUCUCUACACCCUCCAGUUCUUCAUCAGCCAAUCAAAAUGGAGGAGGAGAUGGAAGACCAUCGGUGAUUGGUUGGACAGAUUCCCGCCCCCGGGGGGAUGGCCGGGAUGGAGAUACGUCUGGUUCUUCCACUGGGACAUCUCGGGCUUCCAGUGUGGGCAUAAGCCCGGAAGGCAGGAGAGGAGAACCCAUUGACCUUGAGGAUGUCCCUGCCCUUCAAUACCUGCAGUUAACCCUUCCGCAGUUCUGUACCCAGGUUCUAGAGAGAGCACUGCCACUUUUACGCUCUACUGAUCAGGUCAUCACCAUGGAAGUCCUUCACCUUCUCCACUUGACCUUGGAUAUAGUGAUAGCCAUGGUUACGCCAGGCCUAUGGCAGGAUCAGUCUAUGGCGGCUAGGGAAUGUAGUGAAAAGCUUAUUGAAAGCCUAGAUGUCAUGGCCGACCUAUUGAAAUUCCAUCACCAUAGCAACUUGAAGUCUGACCCUGAUGACACAAAUAAUGACCCUGGUGACCUUGUACAGCAGAGGCAAUGCUUGAUUGGUCUACAUGUGCUUCUGGCUAGGAUCCUUGACCCUCUUGUUCCGGUUGACAAGUGUCGAGGGGUUAUAUCAGAAAAUCUCCUUUCCAUCAUGAACACACUUGUAUAUGAUGAAGCCCUUAGCAACACACUUCCUGACCUUCAGCUUCAGUUGCUAGGUUACCUACAGUACCUUGACGACGGAAGGUACUCUGUGUAUGUUGCUACGGCAACCAUUUGCCAAUCGUUGCAGAGGACUUGCAAGUUUAUGAAUCUGGCGCAUGAAGAGGCAUCUCGACUAUCAAAGGAGACACUUUCCCUGUGUGAGGGAGCCUUUGACAGCCUACCGUACCACCGUCACAUGAAUUACAUCACAGAAACAGUUAGACUGUGCUCCGAUAUACAUGAGAAUGCUGAUGUCAGUGGUAGUCGUUCUCAGCACUAUGAAGAUCACAAGGCCCGUUACAAGAAGUUGCUGUUACAGCUUCUUGCCCAUCCAAUAGGAAAGCUGCGACUGGGCGUAUUUACUGCUGUACUACAAUGUGUUAAGACGAACCUCAGUGUGCUAAAAGCCAGCGAACCUGGCUCAACAAGCUGUGAGAAGGUCAGAUUCAUCAUCGAUGCCGACAUCUUGUAUGAGAUCGUUGUCUUUGGACUCGCUGAUAAGGAUACAAAGGUGGCCAAUGCAGCCAGUGAGCUAGUGACUCAUUUGUUAAAGAGUCAGUUACUGAUGAGCCCAGCCUUAUGGCAGUUAAUGUUGAAAGAACUUGCCAGGGCACUUCCGAUUUUGCAGUCCUAUGCAAGUGUUAACACAGUGCUGGGAACCAGAAUUCUAGCCAUGCUCGAAACCAAACCCUCCACUUCCCCAAGUGAGAUCACUCGAGGGGAGAAACUCCGGGGAACUCUGCGUUGUAUGCUGUCUACAGACCUAAAGGUACGAUCAGAGGCCCUGAAACGCUUAUCCUGGUACCUUUCCAACGAGGAAGGCGGUGUGCGUUGGUUACCCAUAUUUUCGGAGCUGAAUGUUACAGACCUUGCAAAUCUUCUGAUAGUGGUGGAUACACCACGAUCGGUAGACAAUGAUUUAGGCCGGUCUGUGUUUCAGCGAUUGUGAUUGGUUCAGGCAUGGUUUGAUUCAGUCAGUCACGAAGUUUUGGAGCGAAAACACUGCGUUGUUAGAAACCUGUUUCUACAGAGUUGUUCGCUUUUGCAUAAGGUUUUGCAGAACAUAACUUAACCAGCACCGGAAGCGUGAGAUGUGAGGGUUUUCAGUACCACAUAUUGGUGGAUGGGUUGCGGAAGGUGUAUGAGAUAUUUACAUCCCUCUCAGUUGAUCCUGGGGUGAAAAAAUCUGCCGUGGACCAACUCGCCAUUAUACUGCAAGUCUAGAACACGAGUCGAGAGAAAGAUGUGACGCCGUGCCGUACUGGUUGGCCGUGUUUAUGCAGCAGUGCAGAUUCGUGGCGCUUCUCCUGGUGAUGUCCGACUUGUUGCCGGUCUUGGCAAAUCUUUCAAUUGCCCUGCAGAUGAGGGACGCGGUAUACAAUGCAGUCGGUACGCUCGUGAUGGGUGCUAUUACAACGGUCCGUUCCAUAAAGGAGCACCCUGGGCAGAACUUCCAGCAUCUUCCACAGGCCAUUGACCAUCUCACCGAGCAGUCGUUCCGAUUUACCCGCCCAAAGCCGUGAGACGACAUUGACUUCAAGGAGCAAGUGUACGACAAGUUCAUUGACGACGUGGUUAGCAACCUUGAGCAGCGAUUUCCACACAUCCCCGUGUUGGAAGCGUUCUGUGCAUUCAACCCUACCACCCUACCGGCCGGCGACCAAGCAGAGUAAAUUGACCAUUGCACAGACAUUCUUAGAUGCUGGCGGACUGAUUUACCCGCGUUCUUCAAGAUGCCGAUGAAGCCGCCCCCAAAAUACCGAGUGCUGAAAAACACUAUCACGCAGGACACGACACUCCGCCAGGCAACUACAACAGUCCUGAUGCUGAAGGUGUCCGGACCGUUGCGGGGUGCCAUGCCUAAUCUAAGUUUAUUAGCUACUGCGAUCCUGUUUCUUCUGUCGACAACAGCCGACUGCGAAUGAGGGCUUUCGACCUUGCUAUGUGUAAAAACGGCCCGACGUACUAUGGAACAUACUACAGAAUCAAGCGUUGAACGCCAUCUUACGGAUGUCUAUGGAGGACCCCACCGUUGCCAAUUUUAUGGAGACUUGGGUUGAGCAGAUGGUGACAGAGUGGGGCAAGGACAGGCAUAGGCUCCUUGUUUAGAUUAAAAGUUCUAUAUGUUGUCUGACAUUAUGUGUGUAGUCGCGGUGCGUACCGCCGCGUCAUCAUCAUUAAUAAUGUAGCAUUCAUUUGUUCUAUUCUGUGUUUUUGUCAUUAUAUUAUUUAAUAAAUAAUCAUCACAUUUACAUUAAUAAUAAAGACAUAAAAAAGUGAAAGGAAAA